AUAUAAGCAUGAAGGAAAAUAACUAAAGACUACCCUCGAUUUAACACCAUUUAAUUUCAAGAGGUUUCACUUAUGGAAUUUCAUAUAAGGGUUUGUUUCAUAAAUAGCUGGCAGGCUGUAAUAUUUACAUUUAAACCACCAGUUUUCGUUCCAUUUUGCACCAAAUUCCCCGGUUAGAUAUUUCUGUUUGUUGCACUUGAAUUGACUUUUAUAUCCUGAGGACCUUCGUUUUGCUACAUUUAUAUCUGAGAACGGUGACAAAUUAUGCAUCAUAACUUAAUCACGUAGAUUUACUCUUUCGGAAAUGGACGAGCGUGAUAUUUUUUGAUGACGGAAUCGAAACUUGCUAUAAAAUCAAUUAAUUUUAUCUUGAAAAAAAACGAGUUAUUUAAAGAUAAAUAUAGUCAAAAUUAACGACAGCUUUAAAAAAUAUAAAUAGCAUUUCAAUUAGGUAUUAAGUAAUCUGACAAUCAAACUGAAUUAGUUAUUUGUUUUUUGAUAAUUGAUGUCACUUGAAACCGACGACCUUUGCUGACUGAAAAAAAAACUAAAUUUGUUCACUUACAUGACGCAUUUUUAAAUGCCACGGCUCGAUUUUUAAACUUGUUUUUUAAACCGAGCAUAUCAUAAGUGAACUGCUUUUUUACACUAAACAGGGAUUGUAACUAUAUACUCCUAAUCCUAACUCGUUCCUUCAAAUGCAGUGAAUUUCCAUUUUAAAAAAAAACGACUCCUAGAUACACUGACUGGUAUUUGCUCUCUUUAUAAUUAUAUCCCACGCUCACGUGUCGUCGGGUGGUACAAAAGUAUAGUACUAUAAUACCACCAGAGAGAAUGUUCUAGAAUGACGUAAUAAGAGUUUCCAAUCAGAAAUGAACAAUCUGGUCGGUCACGCUUUGAUACAUCAUCACAAGAUUGUAAUUCGCUGAUGAAAUUACGCUGCUCUGUUUUUGCUUGAAAUCCCCUCCCCGCCCGGCCGUAGCCUGGAAUUGGUAUUUCAUUUAUUUUAUUAUACAGCGGAAAAAACUCCACUUUUAAAUCCUUUACCGGUCGCCGAUCAAAAUGAGCUACAACAGAAGUCGGUACUACGAGAAAAAUAACCCAGCAACCUAAAUAGAGUAGGUGACUCAAAAGAACUAAAAUCUAGGCGCAGCUAGCAGAAAUAGCAAAGCAUAUUUAAGUCUUUUUUGCACGGUUAUUCCCUGAAGAAACUUACCAAUAAUUUUGCCUGAAAAUAGCAUCGGGAUCUCGCAAAUUAUUCCAGGUACUAGACUUUCAAUUACAUGUAUGUGUAUGUUACUACAAUACCCGCCAAUGAAGAUGAAAGUAAAAGCAUCCAAUCAAAUUGUGGCAUGACUCGUUUUACAUGAACAUACAUGAAAAAUUAAAGCUUGUCAUCUCAGCGGAUAUUAUAAUUCUUUGUUUUAUUGGUAUACUGAUUGAAAAUCCUUCAAAAUUAACUUCAAAAUUAAACAAAAUUCCUCGCCUAAAAAGAAAUUCGAAUAAAAUUUGCUUUUAUUAUCUUCAAAAACGAAUCAAAAUACCAUAAAAUGAGCCAUUCCAAUCAUGCUUGUAAAGAAUGAAUAAAAAAACUCAUUUAACCACUAUUUGUUUUUCUAUGCUCUUUUAUUUACUUACUAUUAAUUGUUGUAAUGGUUAUGUCGCAAUAACUUGGACACUUAAUCUACGACAUUCUUUGAACAUGAUGAUUUAAUUUUAUCACUGGCCAUAUCAAAUUGGCAAUUGCUGAAGUAACAAAAAUGGUUUAAAAAACACCAUCUGGACAAGCUCGAUCAUGUUCAUUAAGUCCACUGCUUUAAAAAGAUACGUGGGUUUAUUAUGACUCAUAAUCUUCAUUUGCUUUUGAUUAACCGAUCGAAUUUAAAACUUAUUCCCUUCAACGGGGAGGAUCAGAAAGUAAAAUUGAUAUUUACAAAAUUAUUCUUCAUUGUCAUCACAUAUUUGUAUUCACGAAAAAUUUUAAUCAAUAUUUGAACAAAUCAAAAGCGUAAUCAACGUCGAAAAAAUGACAACACAAUUUGAGAACCUCAGAAUACUUAUUUGAGUGUGUUUAUCCUGACUUAAAGUCACCGUUACGUCUUUCUACGAAAAGAUGAAACUUUCUGGGAAGCAUAAGCAAUUCUAAUAACUACUCGACCAUACAUCAUUUUAAAUAACCGUUUACGUGCAAAAUUGUCUUGAGUUAUCCAGUUAUAAUUUCGCUAAAAACGAAUUUUCGCUAAAAACAAAUUUUUUGCGUGCACAAAUCAUAGCAGAAUGCAUCAUCUAUUCUUGGCAAUUUAUGUUCAUUAUUCAAUUCAAACGUCAGUCGAACAACAAUCUUCAGCAGAGAGAAUGUAGUUGCAUUAAAAUAAUUGGGGGCGUUCAACGGUUCAGAAUAAUUUACACGCACUUUCUAAUGAGCGGGAAAUUACUGACGCUAAUUAUCGAAGAAAAGAAAAUCACUCCAACUUUGGCGGCAAUAUGUCUGCAACUGCUAAGUAAACAAUUAUUUAGGCGCGAAAACGUGUAAGUUGUAAAUUUUCUCGCUCAAAAUCUUAAAGUUUUACUUACGAUUGUAAACGAUCGCUGUUUAAUUUUUGAUUGCCACACUUAAUAUGUUGAAAUUUGUUCAAAUUUUCGGCACUGUUGAACAAAGUUUUCAUUUUCGGCACUGUUGAACAAAGUUUUCAUUUUCGGCACUGUUGUACUUCGGCACUGUUGUACUGCCCCAAAUAAUUGACUAACGAGGAUUCCACACAAAAGCCAGCGUGAUUAUGGAUGGGACCCCAAUAGACGACGAUGACAUAUUCUAUCCCAACUAUCAAUCCCAACCCUCUGUGGAUACUCUAACUUACACUGAUCUCCGUCCCCCAAACGAGAUCGAGCCAGCGUAUCUCUUAUCCAGCACAGAAGACCAAUGCACAUUGGACCCCGAAGGAACAAUAAGACUCGACGAAGUUCUUCAACCGCAGCAUUUCUUUCCAGAAACACAGGAGUAUGGACAAGAGAACUUCGAUUCGACGUGGACAGCGAGUGAUUUGCAACAACAGCUAGGACACAUUGCCGACGAUGGCUGUUCCUCGAGGGAGCGGAAAAAGAGUCUUUUCGAGGACUUGGAAGAGAUUUCGGGCUCCACUGAUUCUCAAAGACUCAGCCAGAUGGAAAAUAUGUUGGUGGAACAUUCGUCUGAAAGCUCAGGUAUGUUGCCAGAAUUAUCCGGACAGUUUCUAAACAUCCACCUCAACUCUUCACGACCACAGUCCGUUUACUCCUCCUCCAGCUCCGUCUUCCACUCCGGCGAGUUGGGACCCCCUGCCGGGUGGAGUGGCGCCAACUCCUCUCACAACUCGCCCCCCCCCUCUGUCUCUGGUGCGUUGUCUUCGUUCCCCUCCGAGGAACAGAGCACAAACUCCCCACUAAUGACGUCAUCUUCAUAUCCGAACCAACCUCAGUUGACUCGUCAGUCGUUGCAAGGACCUCUGGAUGUGAAACAGCUGCUGAAGCACAAACUGCAGGGCAAACAGCAGGGCAGAGAUCGGAUCUAUUCGGACCCCAUCCACCCUCUUAUGAGCAGUCCUCUAUCUCCCAGUACCAGUGAGUUAGAGAAAACCGCCAAGUUCAGGUCACCCAGCGUCAGUGUGGGCUCAGAGGCGCUCAAAGACGACGAAGAGGUGUCCCUGAGGAGGAGUAGUUUGAUGCUGGAGAGGCGGAAGGAGCGCAACAGACAGUCAGCGGCCAAGUGUCGCGAGAAACAGAAACUACUCGAGAUACACUUGCAAACACAAAAAGCGAGUUUGUCAGAAAAACACACAGCCUUAAAACGAGAAGUUGAAGAACUGGAACGAGAGAGAAUUCGACUGCAACAAAUGGUGCUAUCUUACGAUGCUACAUGCAACCGCCGCCUUCCUUCAAACGACGACGACAACAUUAACUCGGUUACAAUGGCAAGCCCUGCAACAGAGACUCCGACAACAAUUUCUCAAAAAACUAGAUCUCCAAAUGAGCCUAACUACCCCAGCUGACCAAACAUGGAUCAAAGUUUUAAACUAGCGGAUUUGUAAUCGUCAAUAUAGUUUGAAAGAGCUUUUAUAUCAAAUUGAUAUUCCUUCUUAUGGUGCAAUUAGAUUUUCUAAACUAAAUUUGCAAAAAUUCAGCCCGCACUUCGCAGGAUCGACUAUCCAAAUGGAGAACUCUGGCCGCAGCCUGGAGGUAACGAAUACGCUUGGGGUGACAAAAGCUAUGAGUUCGAAGCUGACCAGGUGCUGUUCUUUGCUCACACGGGAUAAUUUCUGUUUCAAAUAUUAGUUGCCACAUCUAAGAAUCGUUUAUUUUUGCUGUCAACAAUUUUCAGUUGUUUUUAGUGUUUUGAC